ACAUUACAAUGAAAACAUCUUUCCUACUUCUCCCCUUCCUUCUCUUUGCUUUCGCAGCAAAACCUUCGCCGGCGGCAGCAGCCGAGGCCGCACCCGCUGGGGUGCUAGACACCAAUGGAAAGGAGCUCCAUUCGGGAACCGAAUACUAUAUCCUGCCGGUUGUCCGCGGGAGAGGCGGCGGCCUCACCCUUGCUGCCACCGGGAACGGCAGCUGCCCGCUUUCCGUGGUACAAGACCAACACGAGGUCUCCCACGGAUUUCCUUUGACAUUUUCACCGGUCAACCCGAAGAAAGCCGUGGUUCGUUUGUCGACGGAUCACAACAUCAAGUUCUCGGCAGCGACAACGUGCGUGCAGUCCACCGUGUGGAAGCUCGACGGCAAGGAUGAGUCGACAGGAGAGUUCUUCGUCACCGUUGGUGGGGUUGAAGGAAAUCCUGGGCGCGAAACCUUGACCAGCUGGUUUAAGAUUGAGAAGUAUGAUGAUGACUAUAAGCUUCGUUUCUGUCCGACGGUUUGCGAUUUCUGCAAGGUUAUAUGCAGAGAUGUGGGCAUAUAUGUUGACGAGGAUGGAAGGAGACGCUUGGUUUUGAGCGAUGCGCCGUUUAAGAUCAUGUUCAAGAAGGCUUGAAGUUAGGAUACGCAUGCAGCCGAUGGAAAGUUCAAAGUUCAAUGAAAUUAAAUAAAUAAUAGUGACGAGCUGUUCGUCCCUCUCUCUUUUGAUUUGGAUUAUGUAAGGAAGCUUGUACUCUAAGUUUGUUAAAUUCAAAUCAAUAAACAAUUUCUUUCUGUGCUAGAAA